CGGUGAGGUCGCACACCGCCAGCCUCCGCAGCCGCGGCAGUGCCUUCCCGCGGCCCCCCGCCGGCGGCGGACACCGGAGGGGUGGUGUGGGAGGGCCCUCCCUUCCCGUCCCAAUCUUUUCCUCCCGCUUCCCCCGUGCCGGGGGAGACGAGGCUGGAGGAGAAGGAAAGCGACCCCCAGGGUUAGGCAGCAGCCCGUCCGAGGCGGAGGGUGGGGCGGCGCCCCGGGGGGAAGGCGGCGGGGUCCGGCGGACCCCCCCCGGCAGUGCCUGGGAGAGGAGAGGCUGGGGAGCAUCUCGGAGCCGGGGCUGACGCUCCAGGAGCGAGGGAGGGACGCGGGGCGAGGGAGCAACUGCCGCCUCUCUGCUGUACUCCCGUCCCCAAAUUUCAAGGGGUGGGCUGGGGGAAAAGCGGCCAGAGGACCUCAGCUGGGACCUCCCAGCGGGAGCGAUUGAAAAGGAGCCAAAGCAGGGCGUCGGAGCGGGGAGCGACAUCCCAGGGAGAGUCCCCCGCCUCCGCUUCCCGGAGCCGCUGCCUCAGGAUGUGGGUGCCGCUGCUGCUGCUGCUGCUGCCUGAGCUGCUCCCCGCCGUGCCGGCCCAGAAGCUCUCCGCCCUGACGUUUUUGAGAGUGGACCAAGACAAAGACAGAGAAUGCAGCCUGGACUGUGCAGGUUCCCCUCAGAAAUCACUCUGUGCAUCUGAUGGAAGAACUUUUCUGUCCCGGUGUGAAUUUCAACGAGCAAAAUGCAAAGACCCUCAGCUGGAAAUAGCCUACCGGGGAAACUGCAAAGAUGUUUCCAGAUGUGUGGCUGAGAGGAAGUACACCCAGGAGCAAGCUCGCAAGGAAUUUCAGCAAGUGUUUAUCCCAGAAUGCAAUGACGAUGGCACAUACAGUCAGGUUCAGUGCCAUAGUUAUACUGGAUACUGCUGGUGUGUCACUCCCAAUGGUCGUCCUAUCAGUGGUACUGCUGUGGCCCACAAAACUCCCCGGUGCCCUGGUUCAGUGAGUGAGAAGCUGCCACAACGAGAAGGUGCAGGAAAAACAGUCUCCUUGCAAAUCUUUUCCAUUCUGAAUUCAGAUGAUGCCUCAGCUCCCGCGCUGGAGACUCAACCUCAAGGUGAUGAAGAAGAUAUAGCUUCUCGUUAUCCCACAUUAUGGACUGAGCAAGUAAAGAGUAGACAAAACAAAACCAAUAAAAGCUCAGCAUCAUCAUGUGAUCAAGAGCUUCAGUCAGCCCUGGAGGAAGCUAAACAGCCCCAGAAAGACAAUGUGUUCAUUCCAGAGUGUGCUCAGGGUGGCCUCUACAAACCAGUGCAGUGCCAUCCUUCCACGGGCUACUGCUGGUGUGUCCUGGUCGACACGGGACGUCCCAUCCCUGGUACAUCAACCAGGUAUGAACAACCUAAGUGUGAUAACGGUGCCAGAGCCCACCCAACCAAAACAAAAGAUUUGUACAAAGGACGCCAGCUUCAAGGUUGUCCUGGGGCCAAGAAGAAUGAGUUCCUGACUAGUGUUUUGGAUGCACUGUCCACGGAUAUGGUGCACGCAGUCUCUGAUCCAUCACUGUCUUCUAGCCGGGUUUCAGAGCCUGAUCCAAAUCAUACUCUGGAAGAGAGAGUGGUCCACUGGUAUUUCAAACAGCUAGAUAAAAAUUCCAGUGGUGACAUUGGCAAGAAAGAAAUCAAGCCAUUUAAGAGAUUCCUAAGAAAGAAAUCAAAACCCAAAAAAUGUGUGAAAAAGUUUGUGGAAUACUGUGAUGUGAACAAUGAUAAGUCCUUGUCAGUUCAAGAAUUAAUGGGCUGCUUGGGAGUAACAAAAGAAGAAGGUAAAGCAGAAACAAAGAAACGCCAUACGGCCCCUAAAACCAACACUGAGAGCACAUCAUCCAGCAGGCAGCAGGUUUCUAAGAAGCAAGGGUGAACAACUUACUGAUCCAAGGCAGAUCUCUUUGACAUGUGGGAGAUUUCCUCACCAAAAGGCAAUAAAAACAACUGUAGUAUUUGCACUUUGUACUUAAAAAUGUAAAUUCACUUUGUAGAAAUGAAAUAUUUAAGCAGACUUUUUUUUUUAAUCUGUGAAAAUGUAAUGGUUAGUUUUAAAAAAUUAUCACAUACAAUGUAUGUGUAUUCUUUUGUUGUCUGAAAUAUGUAAAACGUGUUGGAGAUGUAAAAGUUUGCAUUUAAACCAUAUUUUAAAAAUAGCUUUUUGGUAAACAGUAGCAUAGAAACCUGAUUCUAUCUAUUUUGGUUUCAAUAGUAUGCCUUGUUUUUCUUAAUCAAUACUGUCAUUUAAGUAGAGUUAUGCUGAGAAGUCUACUGUAUUCUCAAUUUUGUCCAAGCAGUGUUGGAUGUUUCAGGUUUGCAGGACUGAGGGAAGUGUGUAAAUUGCUGUUUACUUGGUUUUGCAUUUUUUAACUGAACAGAUUUUUCAUCAGUGGUAAUAUUUUAUUUCAUUUUGGUUUUAUUGUUUUUAUUAUGCUUUCCAAAGAUCAUGCAAUGAGAAUGCAACCACUAAUGGAUUCAAAACAGUUAUUCUACAGUUGGGAUACUUGGAGAAAAAUGUAUCCUUUUAUCCAUUUUUGAGAUGCCUUCCAUUAAAAGUUUUGGUAGGAUUUUUUCCCCUGUUUGUUUUCACUUGGGUUAUUAAUACAACAAGCCAACAAGGAGCAAGGUGGAUUGUAAUGUCACUCCAGUCUGGUUCAGCCUGGACCUAAAAGCAUGUUUCUGUGCUCAGUGCAAAGCAGGAGCAGAGUUAUGUGGGUUGGAAUUGUAAAUCUACCUAUAAAGAGACAGGGAAGGCUAAACAGGCUGUUCGACCUUUUCUUCCCCUACAACUGGCUGCCCCCAUCAACUCUUAGGUUUGCCUCGGGGUCCACUAGUGGUAAAGCUGAACAAAUGAUGAACAGUUGCCAUCAGGAGGGGCUGCUCACAUGGCCCCUGCCUUUGGCUUUUUCUUUGCUGUCUGAAAGAAGUUCUCACAAGUUUUCAUACCUUCUUUGUCAUUUCACCCCCCAGUGCUUUUUUUAUACUUGUGUUUGAGGGGAAUGAGAACUUGUGGAUGUGAAUCUAGAGCAGGGGACCCAAGUGAAAAAGGUUCAGCUCUUGAACAAUUGUGAAUUACAAGCCGCUGGGUUGAUCGAUGCAGUGGUAGAUGGACUGCUGGCAUCUAGGAGCUGACAUGAAAAGGCAAGAAUGUUGCAACAAGCAGUGAUUUCAUUAUGGUUUGUUUAAAUAAUGUGUGGGAUCUGACAUGUGACUAGCUACUCAUAAUAUCACUCUGGCUUGAGUUUCUACCCGGAAAAGCUUUUUUGCAAAUAAAAAUGUUUCAAUUUCAACAUAUGCUGAAGUGAUAGGAAACACUGUAUGCAGUGGAAUUGUACCCCAGAAGUUGUGUACUCUAAGCUUUGGCAGCAGGAGAAACUAAGAUGGAACUGUGUAUUAUCUUGUGGUUUUGUUUUAAAAAGUAUUUUUUAUUCUUUUAUACUGUUAAACUUUGAAUUUAAUCUUCUUUAUAGAUUAAAGAUCAGUAUGCUAU